AUGGUAAAAAGGAUCAGCAUUAAGAGACUGCUAUCAUUGAAGUAUAAGAAUUCCUUUUCAAUACUCCAUAUGCAAACAAUUAAUAGAAUUUGGGUAGGAAAAGCGAAAUUUUAUAAUUGCUUAGUCAAGAUAGCAGUAGACUUCCACAUGACAAUUUUUGAAAUAUUUUUCUUCAGCCUCAUUUUGAAAUCAGCAAAAAUAAGAAAAGAAGAAUUCUUUACUAUAGCUGCCUGGCUUGUAAAAUGCGUGACGACUCAUGAUGGUUUUCUGUAUCAGUCAGUAGCUAAUAAACUAGUCAAAAACUUGAAGGCAGUAACUUUAGGAUGAAUUUUAAAAUUCACUUUAGGCCUUCAACUUAGGAUAUCUACGAUGCCUGGUAUAUUAAUUUAUUCCCAAGACUUCGGAAUUUCUUUGCAGAGCAUCCAAUUCUUUGAAAUUAAAGUAAAUCAGUUUCUAACUCUCAAUCAGCAAAGCAUAUUCUUGCUUGGUAGAGACACUUUAAAUUUAGCAUAGUCUUAUUUAAUGCUCUUAAGUGAAAAGUAUCAUUUCACAGUAAUUUAAUAAUAUAGUGAGUUAGGGUAGACAGCAAGGGUUGUUUUUGCUUGCCGUCAUCCCAAAAAAGCCCCGUUAUUUACCCUAACUCAAUAUACUCUAAUCUUCGCUGAUGACACAAAAUAAAAAAUAAUUGCAACCGUGAAAUGAAAAAAUAUACUUUUGAUAAAAUUAUUUUAAAAAAAACUACUAUCUCAUAGAGGCUAAUCUCCUAAUUUUUAUUAUAUUUCUGUUUAGGGAGAUAAGUCGACUUGCUCAGAAGAUAGCUGCCGAAAUAACAGAAGAGGUAUUAUUUUUAGUUACUUAA